UAGUCUGCUAACUUCAGGAUCAUAAGUUGGUGCGGUUGAUUUUUUUUCUCUUUUUAUUUUACGCAGAUUCUAACCUCAUUUGACUCGACACAGUCCACGCCAUCGACAAUUUAUUUAUUGUGUCGAUUUAGUGUCGUUCAUAUUAUAAAUAUAUAAAAUUAGUAUUUUGAAAAUAAUAAAAUAUAAACUAUAAAUAAAUUACAAAAAAACUAAACAAUGUCGUCGAGAGUAAAUUCACGUAGAAUACCCGAGUUAGAAUCUCGUAUUGAUUAUGUCCAAUGUGACGGACUGGCGGCAAUGAAAAUUAUAAAACAUUGCCAUGAAGAAUCAACGAGUAAUAUGGAAGUUGCACAAGGUGCUUUACUUGGUUUAGUUGUCCAAAAUCGUUUGGAAAUAACAAAUUGUUUUCCAUUUCCUAAAAACGAUGAAUUAGCUGAAGAAGAGGAGUAUCAAUUGGCUGUUAUGCGUCGUCUACGAAGAGUGAACGUUGAUCAUUUUCAUGUUGGUUGGUAUCAGAGCGCAGAUGUUGGUAAUUUUUUGAGUGUUUCACUUUUAGAAUCUCAAUAUCAUUAUCAGACAUCAAUUGAAGAAUCAGUUGUUGUUAUCUACGAUACUGCAAAAUCAGCUCGAGGUUUUUUGACAUUAAAAGCUUACCGUUUAACUCCUCAAGCUAUUCAAAUGUACAAAGAGAAUGAAUUUACUCCAGAAGCAUUACGUACUUUGAAAAUUGGAUACGAAAAUCUUUUUAUUGAAAUUCCAAUUGUUAUUAAAAAUAGUAAUCUGACUAAUAUAAUGAUGUCUGAAUUAGAGGAAUUAAUACCUGAAGAAGAAGGUACUAAAUAUUUGGAUCUUGGUACAGCGUCUGUUCUUGAAAAUCAGUUACGUUGUCUGAUGGAUCGUGUUGAUGAACUAAAUCAAGAAGCUAUUAAAUUUAAUAGAUAUCAACAUCUUGUCAUUCGUCAACAGCAAGAUAAAAAUCGUCUAUUGGCUAAACGCGCACAAGAAAACGCUGCACGUGCUGCUAAAGAUGAACCUCCUCUACCUGACGAUGAUAUUAAUAAAUUAAUGCGUCCACUACCAGUACCCCCCAGGCUCAAUCCUAUGAUCGUUGCCGGACAAAUUAACACAUACAGCCAACAUAUUUCACAAUUCUGUGCUCAAAGUUUAGCUAAACUUUAUAUUACUCAAAGUUUACAGAGCGCCAAGGAAUCUAAAACUACAAAUUAAAAGUUGCAGACAUCCGACAAUUUUUAUUUCUUUUUUUCAUACAAACAAAUUACAUGUUAUUAGAAAUGAUUAUUUUAAUAGCAUUAUGACAAGUCGCUCCAGAACCUCUCUAUGUACAAACAACAUAACAAUUCUCUACUUCAAAAAUGUCUAUCGUGAAAUGAAACUAUCCUUGAAUUGAUAAUUUCAAAACAUCUCUACCCAGAAAUAUUUUCCUCGGACUUACUCUACUCCGAAAUUUCUCGAUUCAAUGACUAACAAAACAUGUUAAUUUCCGUGUUAACUCACGUGUCUUGUCAUUGAAUAAAGAAGUUUCAGAGCAAAGUGCGGCUACCCAAUUUCAAAACACAGAACUGACAAAAAUAAAAUUUUUGAAAUAUAUAUUGAAUCAUGUCCACUAGCCCCCACUGGAACUAAAAAUACUAAAAAAUUGAUUUUGAAAAAUUUGUCCCUUACUGUAUUUUGAAAUUGGGCAGAGUAGAGUUAGGUAGAGAAUUGUUAUAGAGUACGGGCACGUGGCCCAAUAGGGACGAUAGACAAAAAGGUAAAAAAAAAAAAUUGUUAUAGAGGUUCUAGAACGAUAUGUCAUAAUGUAAUGUAAAAAUAUAUAGAAAAAGUGUAAAAAGUUUUUGAUAUGUUUUUGAAAGCUUUUUUUUCAACUACAAUUAAAAUUUUUUUAUUUAAAAAUAAAAGUUGUCAGUUCUCUGCUGUUUUCAUAUUUAAAAUAAAAAUUUUUUUUUUAUAAUAAAAUUGUAAUAUCCAUUUUUUAAGACAUCAGUUUAGUUCAUGCAGAUAAAAAAUAAAUAAAAAAUAAUUGAAAGAAAGAAAA